UCUCAUCCCUAUAUCUUUGAAACCUUUGAUAUUUCAAACUUAGCUAUAGCUUCUUUGAUCUAACAGGAUUAAUAGUUUGAAUUCUACGGCAUUUAUAUAUGAUAAAGAACUUAGUUCCUUGAAGUACUCUUUUGAUGAUUACUUUAUGUUCAUUAGUUUUAGGCCCUUUUUAUUUUUAUAAGUUCGAGAAACACGUGGAGCAGCUUUGAGCCGAGUGAAUCGAAUUUACAGCCAUCUUUUAGCGGCGGACUUUCUUGUUGUACUUGGAUACCUCCCUCUAGAAAUAUACUUUACGCAUACAAGAGGGAGUUUAGCUGCCUGUAGACUAAUCAAGUUUUUUGGAUUCAUGGCUUUUUAUGCUGGAUGCUUUCUUCUUCUUCUCCUAGCCACAGAUAGGUACAUUGCCAUAUCUAAACCUCUGAAGCACCUGACUAAUAGGUAUAGAAAAAUCUUGUCUGGGUCUCUUUGGACUUUGUGGACAGUUUCAUUUAUUAUCGGAAUCUGGCAGGCGUUUGUUCACAAUGUUGGGCCCUCCUAUGAUGUACCAUCUUACAACUUGUGCGGAGCAAAAGCGUCCAUAGCCACAUCUAUCUUUACUCCGCUAACAGCUCUCUUCUGCAUAAUCCCGUUUCUGUUUACUGUCACCAUCAAUAUCAUCAUCUCAGUUAAACUAAUUCGUCGGGAGAAAGAACGUAUUGGUGCGGGAUGCCCUGGUUGCAGGCUUCAGGGGGGAUUCUGUACAAAUCAUCUAAACAUCAGUAAACCACGUGAUAAACCGGAUAUAAGUCAGCUGAUGAAGAUGAAAUCUGUUCGUAUGACCGUAAUUGUUGCUUUCUGUUUGUUUGUAUCGCAGGCUCCUGUUUGCAUUCUUUAUACCUUGGCGUGGAAAAACCCUAAAUCUAUUGGUAAGAGAUUCCAAUAUUUUUGAUUUACUAAAAUAUAA